GAUGUGUUUCAAACUCAAAACAACAUCAUAAACAAGUUCUCCAAUUAGUUAAAGGAUCUCAUCCCUGAUCUUUCAUAAAAUGGCCACUUCAAAGCAUUCUGUCAUUGUUUGUAUGCUGGUGGCAAUUUUAUUGUCAAGCCCCAGGAUAAGCCUAGCUGGUCGUCACCUCCUGCAAGCUCCAACAGCAGCUCCAGCAUUGGGACUUCCUACCCUCCCACCACUCCCCAAGGCCACAUUGCCCCCGUUGCCAUCUCAGCCAAGUUUCCCCAAACCCACACUGCCACCAUUUCCAGCAAUGCCGAAAUUCACAUUGCCACCAUUACCAACAAUGCCAAAAUUCACAUUGCCGCCAUUACCAAGCAGCCAACCUCAGUUGCCCAACACAUUGCCACCAUUGCCCACAUUCCCUUUGCCAACAGCACCCAAGCUAACACUACCUUCUCUGCCAACCCUCCCAACAGUUCCUUUUCUUCCCUCACCCCCAUCAAACUGAUCAACCUGUGAUGGAGUAGCUUGAUGAAUUUCAUUGAACUGUUCUUAAUUCUUAGCAUUUGGACAUCUUGGAAUGGUGCUUUAUAUAGUUUAUUGGAAUGUUAUGUUUGUUUAUUGUUCGAUAAUGAAUCGUGCUUUGGCCCUAUGAAACUGUCAUCAGUUACACUGAUUCCAGAUCAGCAAAUUAUUUGUUUGAAUUUUGUGUUUCUUUUAGAGUCACCAUGUGCCUGAUAUUGGCAUUUCUUUGUAUUUUCUUCUAAUCAAUAUUUAUAUAAAAGUUUAUUAUAGUUUUAAAUCA